CGUCACAGCCGGGCGACGGCGGAGAGGCGGCCCGCGCUCAGUACAGUAUUCCGGGGAUUUUACACUUUCUGCAGCACGAGUGGGCCCGUUUCGAGGUGGAGCGAACGCAAUGGGAGGUGGAACGGGCCGAAUUGCAGGACCGUUAGGAAGGACAGGACAUUUGCCCAAAGCACAAGUGCAGAAGUAAAUAAUUCAUCCAGGUCUGGGUUUCCCUCUGCUGUCGUUGGGUGUGUGUAUGCAUGGACACAAGCUUGUGAAGGCGUGCCCAUCUGUGUGUGCCAUCUGAGCUGACAUGCGGAUGAGACCUGUUGGAACAGCCAGUCAGAUUCACACGAGCCAAAAUGUUCUUCUGCUUAUUCUGUUUUCUCAAGUUUCACUGCUCAAGGAUUGUUGUCAGGCUCAGAUUGCAUUCUUGCAGGGCGAGAGGAAAGGUCAGGAGAACCUGAAGAAAGAUCUGGUGAGACGCAUCAAGAUGCUGGAAUAUGCGCUGAAACAAGAGAGGGCCAAAUACCACAAGCUCAAGUACGGAACGGAACUCAACCAGGGCGAUAUGAAACCACCCAGCUAUGACUCAGAUGACGGCAACGAGAACGAGACACUUCCUGAGCCGCCCAACAGUCAACUGAGCUGGAAACAAGGACGACAGCUGCUGAGACAGUACCUGCAGGAGGUGGGCUACACUGACACCAUCCUCGAUGUGAAGUCGCAGCGGGUCAAAUCGUUGCUCGGACUGACAGGAGACAGCGGAGAGAGACCCGGAGACAAGAGACCAGAACCCAUGGUGAACGGAACCGAACCAUCCUCUCUGAAGGACAGCACCACCACCAUGAUCGGUAAACCGGAGAUGUCAGACUCCACUACGGUGUUGGAAGCCUUCAAGUUCAUUGAGAAAGCUGCGGCUGAAUUCAGUGAUGAAGACGAAGAUGAAGAUAGCGAGGGACAAAACAAGACCAUCAUUGACAUCGCAACCAUGGUGAGGAGGAAGGUGUCUCCCUCGUCCUCCUCUUCCUCAGCAGAUAUGAGUGAUGAUCUGGACACAGAGGAAGUCCUGAAGGGCUUUGAUUUUCUGGCUAACAGUGAUGAUAUGGAGGGCCCGUCUGAAACGACCUCUGCUGCAGACAGACCCGACUGGGAAAAGGAAGAGCAGAGCUCGUUGUCUGAGGCCUGGGACGUGGAUGAAGGUCUCAUCUCGAAACUCAAGGAGCAGUACAGGAAGGAACGCAAGGGCAAGAAAGGGGUGAAGAGGCCAAACAGGUGUAAACUGCAGGAUAUGUUGGCUAAUCUUCGUGACGCUGAGGAUUUGUCUUCCAUUCAGCCACCGGUGGCGCCCCCUGUCCGCCCAAGUCUGCCCCGCCUCAACGAACAUCCGAUCGGACGCACAGACGAGGUUGAAGCGCUGACGUUUCCCCCGUCCUCUGGAAAGUCGUUUAUUAUGGGAACAGAUGAGGCACUGGAGAGCGAACUGGGUCUCGGAGAGCUUGCCGGUCUCACUGUCGCCAACGAAGCAGAGAAUCUGUCAUAUGACAUCACCAACAACAAAGAUGCCCUGCGUAAGACCUGGAACCCCAAAUUCACUCUCAGGAACCAUUUUGAUUCCAUUCGCGGUCUGGCGUUUCACCCCGUGGAACCCGUCCUGAUCACUGCAUCUGAAGACCACACGCUGAAAAUGUGGAAUCUACAGAAAACUGCUCCAACCAAGAAGUGUGCAGCUCUGGACGUGGAACCCAUUUACACAUUCAGGGCUCACAGGGGUCCGGUUCUGUGUGUGGUGAUGAGUUCUAGUGGAGAUCAGUGUUUCAGUGGCGGUUUGGAUGGAACCAUUCAGAGCUGGAACACUCCAAACCCAAAUAUCGACCCCUACGACUCGUACGACCCAUCUGUGCUGCGGGGGGCGCUGUCCGGUCACACAGACGCUGUGUGGGGAUUGGUCUACAGCUCGGCUCAUCACAGACUCCUCUCCUGCUCAGCUGAUGGAACGGUGAGACUGUGGAACGCUGCCGAAACAGCGCCUGCCACGGCCGUCUUCAACGAGAAUAAAGAAAUGGGCGUCCCAUCGUCUGUGGAUCUAGUGUGCAGUGAUCCCGCUCACAUGGUGACUGCGUUCAGUAACGGCAGGAUGGGAAUCUUCAACAUGGAGACCCGACAGCUGGUUCUGGAGCUCGAGUCCCAGGCAGCAGGCAAACCUGAUGUGCCGUGUCAGAUCAAUAAAGUUCUCAGUCACCCGACACUGCCAAUAACCAUAACGGCACAGGAGGACCGCCACAUACGAUUCUUCGACAAUAACACAGGCAAGCUGAUACACUCUAUGGUCGCUCAUCUUGACGCUGUGACCAGUCUUGCGGUGGAUCCAAACGGACUCUAUCUGAUGUCUGGUAGUCACGACUGCUCCGUGCGAUUGUGGAACAUGGAGAGCAAAACGUGCAUUCAGGAGUUCACGGCUCACAGGAAGAAGUUCGAUGAGUCCAUCAAUGACGUGGCGUUUCACCCCACCAAGUGCUACAUCGGCAGCGCGGGAGCCGACGCCCUCGCCAAAGUUUUCGUAUGACCUCAUACCUCUGACCAAAACUGCUUCCGUGGACUCAUAGUGGGGGGUGUGGCCUGAACAUUGAACCCUGAACAGGAAGAUAUUGGUCACUGGUUUGAGGUUCUUACGACAUAAACAAUGGUGUCUUGAUGGUACAGGAAGUACAAUUAUCUCAUCGAAGCCCUCCUUCCUCCUCGUAAACCCCCGACUGUGUCUGACGCCUCAUCCGGGCGGGCCUGGGUGCAUGCGGGCAAGAAAACUGAUGCCCCACCAGAGGGGAAUUUCUGCCCUGUUGAGGACGGCCAAGGGGGUUUGAACGGCUGUUUCUGCCCCUUCUUGGGUUGAUAAAGGGGGUCAUUUGGGUUCCUCUAUUGAACAAGACACCAAAACAUCUCGGCAACACCUUUCUGCCGAACAUGGGCCACUCCUUUUCGCCUCACCAGAAGUUGGGUGCUUCCCAGUCUUCUGUUGUUUUCAUUGAGUUGUUUUUUGUUUGAUUUUUCCGUCUUAAGUUUUCUCGUUUUAUACGAUGAUGUGCCUUUUGCUUCAAACAGUCUUGCGAACAGCUUCAACGCUUUAUUCAAAGAGGGAACUAUAACUUAGUGUAGUAUCUUUGAUGUUUUAAAGUUACCAAAUGCAUCAAAUUAGUGUGAAUUUUUCCGACAAAUCUGUUCGGAACCUUUAGUGAUUUUAACAUGGAAUGUGAACGUUCAGUCGAGUUUCUCAUACUGGGUUAAUUUGAUGUGACAUUGGACUUCAAUAUCCUGUGUGUUUUUAUUGUUGAGCUGUUCAGAUGCACACAGUUAUUGUGUUCAGUUAUCUCUGAAAUACACUGAAAAACUAAACAUUAUCUUAAACAGUAUUUGUCUUGUUUUUUACAGUAAAAAUAUCUAAACACUCUUAAAACUAAAUUCUGUUAGAUAUAAAGACUUUAUUUUACAUAUUAUUUUUUUUGGCAAACAUUCUUGAACUAUUAACCAGAUUCAAUUUGUACAAACUAUAAUAUGCAAAUGAUUUAACAUUGCGUCUCACCGAAAUGCUUCAUUUCCGAAUAAAAAUACAUUUUUAGUACUGCACACAAGUUUGCACACUCCUGAAUAUUUAAAGUAAUGGUAAAGCUCUUAAUAAAUCAUGUCCAGGUCGUAUUUCACACCAAGAUUAAAAAUGAAAGGUAGUACAGCAAAUACUACUAUGAUGGAUAACUACUGAAGAAACAUUAAAUAAUAUAUAAAUAUAAAUCACAGUACAGUCAUUAUAAUUUGGAUGUUAAAAUGUGAUUGUCAUAAUGCAGCAAACUUUAAAGGUACAAAAAUAGACUUAAUGUCUUUUAAAAUCAUUUAUAUUUACAAUUGCAAAAUAGUUUUGAUUUGAUUUGACACGUUUUUCACAGGGUUUGUGAGAUUCAACCAACCAACAACACUCCAAAAACCAUUAAACGCCACGACGCCAGUUUCACUUGAGUGCUGACUUGAAGCAUUAUAAACAGAUUAGUGACAUUAAGCUUGUUUUUAAAUGUUUUAAUCUUGAAUCCACUCGUUUUUUGAUCCAAUACAAUUGUUCGUUUACACUGUCAUCACGCCACAGUAAGAAUGCUUCACCUGUUUUUUGAUGAUUUAUGUUUGGGUUUUUUACAUUUGUGAAACCAUCUCUGUUGUGUAACGCCAACAUUUAUCUCUGAUAAAAUCUUUAACCGUAGGGUUAGUGAAGUGAUUACGCAGAAAAGUCUUAACCUAAAUGUGUUUGGAUUGAAGACAUGCUGUACUUGAAGUACAAUGAUUCAGAAUUCUGUAUUUAUCUGAUGUUUAACGAAAUCUGUUGUAAUGUUUAUUUAUUUAUUUGCCUGUAAAGCCAAAUGGAUCACUAGAAUUUGGUUAAACCUUAGGAAAGGAUGACUGGCACAUUCGGUUACAUUAUUUGCUCUGAUGUUCGGGACUUACAGAUAUGAAAACAGAAAGGAGUAACAUUAAUAAACAAAACGCAUCUGCUCAUUUAUUAACGCUAACAUCAAUAGUGUUUGCUCAUACAUCCAUUUCUCACUUUCCAGAUCUGACCUUCUCUACCGUCAUAGGUGGUGGUUUAUGUAUUAGAUGAAGUUAAUUUAAAUAUAUAUUUUAUAUGUAAUUGUUGGAACAGAUACUAGUCUUUUUUAUUAUAUGAAUGGUGACCGAGGUUGCAAAUAGAUCGUUUCCCAAGUUUCAUGCAGGUCGAGGUUUUUUAUGUUAAAUUCCUCGUUUUAUUUGAAUUUGUGAUUACUUGAACUAUCUAGUCGUGCGAGUCAGGUGUGCGUGUUUUUAACUGCUAGAUUAGAGAUUUUCUGCUCUUAUCGGGAAUUGUUUUGCCUUUAACUGAUGACAUAAGCACUACAAAACAACUGGAGUGUUUGUGCGAUCCCUUCAGGUCUGUAAAUCUCGACAGACGGAAAUUGUGGAAGUUUGCUACUUUACCAAAUGUUGUUAAAGGAAUAGUUCAACUAAAAAUGAAUCAUGUCACAUUGUUCCGAACCUGUAUGACUUUCUUUAGUGAAACACAAGGCAGACUACUCUUAUGAUAUUUUAUUGUUGGGUUUUUGUGUACUUUUUGAAGCUUGGUAGUAAAAAUCAGCAUCAUCUUUUAUUGUAUGAUAGAAAGAAAUGUAUAGAGGUUUGAAACAACAUGAGGUUGAGUAAAUGACAGCAAUUCUUCUUUUUGGCUGAACUGUGCCUUUAAAUUUGAGGCAAGUUUGAUUUUAAACUCAUGGUUCGGGACGUUAGUAGGGCAACAUGAUCACACGUGAAGUCGGCAUGAUGUUUCCGAUAGUUUCGGUACCCUAGGAUCGGCAACUAUAUGCCGACACACGGACGUGCAGCAUUCUUAUCAGACAAUGCUUCAUGAGUGGUUUCAAUGUAUCUACCUUUCCACCUGGCGCGACUGGCGGCUCGUUGCAUCAGUUGCGUGGGAGACUAGGGGUCAAAGCCAGAUAGUAACCAUGUUUGAAUAAUCAAUGCGAGCAUGAUUCAAGGUUUCACUUUUCCCUCUAACAUUACUUUUUUACUCCACUAAUGGUUAAGGUAAGGUUUGGGUUUGGGGAUAGAGUCUAUAAAUAUAUGCUUAUUCUUCAUUGGAUAACGUCCUGUAAAGCUGAAAACAACUUGCUUCACUACUAGGACAUAAAUGGAGCUCACACGUGCCCAUGUGCCCUACAACACUUACCGCUUUGGCCACUGGGGGCAGUGUUUCGAAAUUUCAGUCAACGUAUAUCGAUUUUGACGAAAGAAAUGUCGGUCUACUCUUUCCCAUUUCACUGUGAGAUCAGGCUGAAUAGGGAACCAUGAGUAUGGGCACGUAUCCGUGUUUUCGUACUGGCUAAACAUAUUUUCUGAUUUCAUUCAUUUUGGUGCAUAUUAAUUUUAGAUAUAUAAAAGAAUCUCAAUAUGUAUAGUUUUAAAGUAUUGAUCAGUCUAUUUAUGAACAGAUUACAGUGUAUAUUAACCUGCGAAGCUAACAGUGAAGAUUAACCAAUAUUUGUGAUAGUUGUGCGGGAGUGUUGUUAGCGCCACCUGCUGGUCAGAGAUGGGAACUGUAUAACUGAUGCAGCUACUGAAGAUAUUCAAGUGCUAUUGAACACUGCAUUAUUAAUAUGAUUGAUGGACAGAGGUUUGAUUCUUUGGUUACUGAUAGAUUGAUGCGCUUCAAUAAACCCACAAACAUCGGAUAUAGAUGACUCUUAAACGUCUGUUUUGUCACUUGUAGGAAAAAUAUCAAUAUUGGUCUGCUGUCAAAGUGGGAAAAAUACUGCUCGGAUGGGAAUUCGCGUCAGGAAUGCCAUUCGUGGAUCUUGACCCAGACACGUGUUGCAUGCAGUCAUUCUAAAUGUGAUUGGAUUAUGAUGUCAUAAUGGGAAUUUUGCGAUCUGGAUAUAGUCCAGAGUCCGCUUGUACAGAGCUGUCGCUGAACUUAUAAACUUUUGUUUGUAUAGAGAGCGUUUGGGAAGACUCUGUUAAUAAAAUGCUAUACUCCUCUUGUACAUAUUUUAUUAUUGAUAUUACAGUUUAUUCUUUAUUUCUUGUUGUAUUCUUUUUUCCUCAGAUGGACAUUUAUCAAUAUAAUACAAUAAAUAAAAGAAUAUGUUGUAUUUGA